AUGAAAUUCAAGGGAGUUGGUGCAGGGGCAAUUUGGCCAGUAGGCGAGCAGGGACAGAACCAGCGAUACCAUUUUGCAAACUACAUGUUUACGCUGGUAGCAACGGUACAAAUCAUUGAGCUACCAGAAGUCGGCAACCCAGUCCCACUAUUGGGAGUGAGCUUGGAUGAGGCUGGUGGCAAGAAGCUUCUGGGACUCUCAUUUAACAGCGACCAGCAGUGGAACCCAAUAUGCGGGAAGAUUGAAACCGCACCUAACGGAUCGUGGGAACUGAACAAGGCAUACCAGGUGGCACUCACUUUUCAGGACGGAGUGGGUUCGAUCUAUGUUGAUGGAGAGCCCUUGGCAGGCUCAGGGGAGAAGCUUCAGUACGAUACAAGGUCCCUCGUUGUUUCACACUUCUACAUUGGUGGAUAUGGAACCAGUGAACUGGAGACGGAUGGCCAUGUAACAGUGACAAACGUUCUUUUAUACAACAGACAACUGAACCAGAGCGAACUCAAAACCUUGUUCUUGGCCAGGGAUCAAAUUGCAGAUAACACCUGGGGUGUUGAUGACGAUUCUUCUACUUCUGGUAGUAGUAGUGAGUCAUCUGCACCUGAGGAGGCGUCAUCUUCUGAGUCUCACAAUACAGAAGAGUGGGAUAGUUUAGAAACCGAUGGAUCGACACUCUGUUUUGGGGUUAAUUAUUUUUCAAUGAUGCUUCUACCGUUACUAACCCUGGCUCUCGUUCUAUUUGACCAUGGUAUUUUUAUCUGA